AUGGGUUUAAGUUCAGAAAGUCUUAAUUUAUUGGCUGCCAUAUUAAAAGAACAAAAAGCUGAAUCUAUUCCUUAUCAAGUUGUUAAUAAUCUAAAUAACAAUAAACCAGUUGAUAAGAUUAUUGAUAACUUUGAAGAUAUUUUGUUUAGUGAAUCUGAUCCUGAAUUUGAUCAAAAACACGAAAAAGCAAUACUUGAAGUUAAAGAUUUGGAGGAUAAAGAAAAAGUUGUUAACAAAGAAAUUCAAGAACUAGAAAAAGAAUAUAAUGAUUUGUUAGAAAAAAAGCAAACUGCAUUAGAAACUAACAUUGGUAUUGCAGUUGGUGCUUUAAAAAAUGACCUGCAAACCCCAGGAGUAGGUGGUCGCAAGUUUUUUGAAUUAAUAUGUGAAUAUAAUGAUCUUCAGUCAAGAGAAUUAUAUAAACCUACUACUCCUGCUACUGCUAAUAGUUAUGGUUCAGUGAUCAAAACUGGUUAUAAUGUUUAUAAUAAUGAUGAAGCCAUUCAAUUUACUGCCUAUCAUGAAGUGUUAGGUCCUGAUGCAAUUAAUAUG